CUAACACACGUCCUGAGCCAGCCAGCCAGAAGCCUCCACAGUCAGCACCAUGAACCCAAGCGCUGUCCUGGUUUUCUGCCUCAUCCUGCUGAGUCUGAGUGGGACUCAAGGGAUCCCUCUCUCGAGAACAGUACGCUGCUCCUGCAUCAAAAUUGAUGACCGACCGGUAAAACCGAGGGCCUUAGGAAAACUGGAAAUUAUUCCUGCAAGCCAAUCCUGUCCACGAAUCGAGAUCAUUGUCACAAUGAAGAAAACUGAAGAGAAGAGAUGUCUGAAUCCAGAAUCUGAGGCCGUCAAGAGUUUGUUGAAACUGAUUAGCAAAAACAGGUCUAAACGAGCCCCUUAACCAGAGAGCAGCUGAUCACCGCAGGGCUGUGACCAACAGGCGGCGGCAGAGAGCCUCUCUCUCCAUCCCUUCCCUUUCCACGGUGUAUGGCUAGCCUUAAUUGUCCCUGGUUCUCCUGAAAGGUGACCAACCAUGGUCACAUCUGCUGCUAUUCCUGGUGACGUCAGGUCACUACUCCUGAAGGACGAUGGACAGUUCAUCAUCCUGAGACAAUAGUAACUCCAGUGAUAAGAGUUCCCAGCUCCACUAAGAGCUGGUCCUGAGUUCUCAAACAGCUGCACUAGCUCUCCUGGCCCUGUACUGUAAGCUAUGCUGAGGUGCUACACCCCCAGCCUUGUGCCAAGUCCUGCCUGCUCCCCACACACUCCUCAUCUUCCUAUCUUAGGUGUAUUAGGAGAUCUCUUCAGUUCUGAGUUACCUAAGUUCAUUUAUUUCAAAUACAG